AUGUCUUGUCUCUCCCUGCUUGUUUUGAUCCAAGCACUUAGCCAGAUAUCAGAUAUUCAGAAAGGGACAUGGGAUAUGUAUCGUACCACUAUUGUCCUGCAAGGAAACAAUACAUGUGUCUCUGUCCCAAAUUAUACACAUCAUGUGAUCAUAAUAAUCCUGUUCGGGCUCUCCUUGACAGCAGCUGCAUCACAAGGUCGGCGAGGUUCUUACCUACUGACUAGUCUAGUCUUGCUUGUCUCCAAUAAGAAGUGUUCAACACGGAUAACACUCGGACCGCCGCCCCCCUGGCUCGCUCCGAGUAGGAACAUACCCAAAUCACAAGAUGGGUUGGUCCGUCGUCAUCAUGCUGCCAGUGGCUUGGAUCAGCAUCUUCUACGCCACUCUGGGGUUCUGGGUCUUCUUAUCCCAUUUCGGCCAGCAGACGACCCUGCCCAAAUUUAUCAAGCUCUUCUCCCGAAUGCAAUCAUUCGGGAGCCAAAAAUAUCAGUUGAUCUCGCCAAUCAACUAACUCCAUCUCCCGCAUGCAACUUUCGUCACCUGAACGAAGGGAGGUUAAGACCGCGAGCGCCAACGUUGUAUGACUGGCUAGGAGAGGACAUCGGCCCCAUCAUCGCUGCAAGUGUUGGUGUUGUGGCUGAGAGUGGGACAACAUUCUGGCCCUCAGAAUGGAGAAGGGAGUAG